AUGGACAGUAACCAGAACAGGAGUUCUUCUGGGCUGGUGGAAAUCAUCUCGUACACCGAAGAGUUCCACCGAGAGGAUUUACUCCGGUUUUUGCACGAGCAUCGCCUGCAUGAGCGCGGUCUCCAGUACCACACGGUUGCAGUGCUGGGGUGUCAGUCUUCGGGCAAGUCAACGCUUCUGAACUGUCUCUUUGGGACUAACUUUCCGACCAUGGACGCCAGUAUCGGACGGUAUCAGGUCACGAGAGGCAUUUGGCUGGGGGUUGAUGCACGCAGCGGCGAGAUCCUGGUCCUCGACCUUGAAGGCACGGACUCGCGGGAACGGGGCGAGGGCGCUGCAUCGUUUGAGCGGAAAGCGGCGCUCUUUGCGCUUGCGCUUGCGCAAGUCCUCAUCAUCAAUGUUUGGGCGCAGGAUAUUGGUCGGUAUAAUGCAGCGAACCUAGCGCUGUUGCGUACGGUCUUCGAACAGGACGUGGCGCUUUUUCAUCGCGAAGCGCACCGAACGCGGCUGCUCUUUGUGCUCCGCGACCACGUGAACACACCGCUCGCCCUAUUAGAGAAGACGCUUCUCGAAGAUCUCGAGCGCAUCUGGGAUAGCAUCAACAAACCGUCAUCGGUUGAGGGCGCGUCGUUAUCGACUUUUUUCGACGUGGAGUGCACGAGCCUGCCACACAAGGAACUCGCUUCCGGAGCUUUCGAGCAGGCUGCAGCCGACCUCCGAGACCGGUUCUAUAAGGGAGCCUCUGGUAUCUUCCACGAAAGUUAUCAUCGGGGAAUCGCGGCUGACGGGUUCGCUGUCUUCUGUCAACAGAUCUGGCAAGUCGUUCGCGAAAACCGCGAGCUCGAUAUCCCGACCGAAAAGGAGGCUCUAGCUAGGAUUCGCUGCGAGGAGAUCGCCCAAGAGGCGGCAAGUACAUUCGAUGCGGAUGCUGCGGACUUGUCAGCAGCAUACGAGCGAGUGAUGAUGCACUAUCAGGAGCGCUCCGCGCGCUACGUGCCCGUAGUUGCUGCAGCAAAACGAAAGCAGCUGCACGAUGUGCUCUCGUUGCGCGCUCGCGAAGCCUAUCGCCGUCGUCUGCAGCGCCACCUGGAAACACUGGCUGAGCGGUUCGAUCAUUUCGUGAACGAUCAGCUGGCAGUAAAAACUGCCGCGCCUGAGCGCAGCGCGUGGAAAGGAUUCAUGGAUCGCCUCCAGAGGCAACGGAGCGAGCUAGAGACUGCCUGGAAGGAUGUCGCUGUGAUUCCCCAAUGUUUCGUUGAGGACGAAUGCUGGAGCGAGCUGCUUGCCGAGCUCAGCCAAAUCUACAGAGAUCGCCUGGACGCAAUCAGCGAGGCAGCUGAGCACCGUUUGGCAACGUUGUUGCUCGAGGAGGCAGCCGUUUUAUUCUCGCAUCGCCUCCAGGAGCCGCUAUGGGAGGUACUCGAUCGGGCCUCCGCCGAGCAAGAACCAGAAGUUUUCUGGAACCGAGUGGAACAAGAGGUUGUUGAGCGUGUUCGAGACGAGUCAGCGCAGCAUCUGCACAGAGCGCUGAUCUCGACUGGGAUCACAGCGCCUGAGCAGGAGCAUCAUCAGCAGCCGGGCGGACAGACACAGUCUGCAUGCGGGGACGAUGCGCUGGCCUCGAACCUGCUGAAGCUGCACCGAGCGCAGACCAUGGAAUGUGUUUGGAGGUUCCUGCGAAACCAGGCGCACUCACCUUCGGCGUUACAGCUUCACCUGAUGAAAAGAUUCGAGGACGCGUUUCGAUUCGAGUCCAGUGCGCACCGCAUUCCGCGAGUCUGGCAAGCGAGUGAUGAUCUGCGCAAGAUUUGGCUGGAUGCGCUCCAACACGCUAUGUUUCUCGUUGUGUUACUGCAGCACGUCCAUCUCAAUGGCAACGAGUCCUGCCUACUGGGCGAAGCCGAAGUCAAGCUGCUUCGUCAGGGCCUCGAGGAACGCGCUGCGAUGGCCUACUCAGAGGCGGUUCGAGCACAACAGGCCGCUCGCGUGCACCGUCAGGUUCCCGCAUGGAUGCUGGUGCUUCUGGUGCUGCUCGGCUGGAAUGAAUUCGUAGCGGUCCUACAACGACCGUUUUUACUGCUGUCAGUGCUCAUCGUGCUGGGCGUUGUCGUGACACUGGGACGACUCGGGUUGUUGGUGCCAGCGCGACGACUGGCCCGAGUCGCGACCGGACGUCUGCUUGCAGCAACGAUACAUUCAUUGCGAGAAAUGGGUGCACCCGGGGACUGGGGUGUCCUACAGGUGCCACCUGCUUCCCAUGCUUCAGCAGCAUCGCCAAACCGCGCACCCAAACAUCAUCCUGAAUGA